AUGACCAAAGAUGUGGUGAAGCUGCGUCGAGCUGCCCUCGCUUCCGAUGCCGUAUUGGUCAGAUGCUUGUCUGAAAUGGCCGAAUCGACUGUCGGAGGUCAUUUGGUCUCUGGACCUCAAACUGCCGUAGUCCUUCAAGGCUUGGAUAUGCCUAACGUGCAACUUGUUAUCAACUACUCAGUGCCACUCAGUGAGAAAACCUACCGGCAUCGUAUUGGUCGGACUGCACGAGCUGGCCAACCCGGUACUGCCAUCACUCUGAUCACGCGAGAUGUGGCUCACUCGUUUCUAGAGCUCGAGGCUUCACUUGCCCCGUAUUUACCAGUACGGGCAGAUGGGCCACAAAAGGCCCCGGUGGCGUGCAUCCCCCGUUGGCCCAUUCCUAUACCUGGACCAACUGGAAAACAGGGCAUGCUUACUCGAAGACGCUUGGCCGAUGAAGCGUGGUCCAAAGCGGGCAAACUUAUUCGCAGCCAAGAUGCCGAAAGAAAGAAAGCUCUAGCAAGAAAUCGUGGUGUUGCUGAUGACGAUGAUAUAAGCGACGAGGAUGAGGAGAUGGACGAAACUGACAACACCGAUUCCGCAUAUUCAGAAUCCUCAGUCAGUGAUGGCAAUAUUAGAUCUCAUCAACCGGUGCCCAACAAGCCUUCUGUGGAUGAAAGCGAUCGGUUGGAUCCAGUCCAGACGCUCAAUAUGCCGUUGGCCACAUCCGGUUUGGCUGGCAUUCAAGCUGCUCGUCAGACCUGGCGUGCGCUAACCCGGGAGAGGCGGAAGCGUCGUCGAGAGCGUCAAGCAAUACGUGAAAGUCAUCGUGAAAAUAAAGGCUGGGGAUUACGAACUUUAAAAGCAACUGAAAGAAAACGCAACGAUCAGGCUGACGUGGAUGCGGACACCAGUGAUGCGGUGGCGGCGACGGAGGAGGAGGAUCUUUCGGAUACGGAUCACCUUCGAUUCGAGGAGACACUGAAGGCGAAGUAUUCAAAAACCGAAAAAGGCGCCAAACGUGUACACAAGCUAUGA